GAAGGACUGGAACUGACGUACACUUCCGGUCCAUCUCAACGUCACAAAAAGAGGUCACCAACCGCCUCGAAACAACAACAACAACAUUACACUUGGCAACGUUCUAAUUCAUUUUUUAAUGUAGUCCCUGGCAGAGUUGGGCUUGUGCCGAUCCUAAUCGACUGGCUUAAGUUUUAAGCAAAAUUUCUACGACUGGUGAAAUGACGGUUGGUCGGCCGAGGGCAUUGUGUCGGCGCUUGCAGGUCGCACGCGGAUGACGCGUUGGAAGAUGGCCGCUGUGGUGCUGAGCGAGGCGGAGAAGGUCUAUUUGAUGCACGGAGUGCAGGAUGAUCUACGGAUUGAUGGUCGUGGGUGUGAAGAUUAUAGACACACUGAGGUAGAAACAGAUGUUGUGUCGAACACAAGUGGAUCUGCUAGAGUGAAAAUUGGUCACACAGAUAUUCUUGUAGGUGUUAAAGCUGAAAUGGGCACACCUAAACUGGAGCGACCAAACGAAGGCUUUUUGGAAUUCUUUGUGGACUGUUCUGCCAAUGCAACCCCUGAGUUUGAAGGGCGAGGAGGAGAAGAUCUGGGCACAGAAAUCGCCAACACCCUGUACAGAGUGUUUGAUAACAGCAAUACCUUGGAGUUGAAGACACUGUGUAUUACUCCCAGAGAACACUGCUGGAUCCUCUAUGUAGAUGUACUGUUGUUGGAGUGUGGUGGAAACCUUUUUGAUGCAAUCUCUAUUGCAGUUAAAGCAGCACUUCAUAAUACUAGAAUUCCAAAAGUCCGAGUGCUUGAAGAUGAUGAGGGUGCCAAGGAAAUUGAGCUGUCUGACGAUCCAUAUGACUGCAUUCGACUCAAUGUGGAAAGUGUACCUUGCAUCAUCACCUUAAGCAAAAUUGGUCACAGGCAUGUAGUCGAUGCCACUUCGCAGGAGGAAGCGUGUCGCAUGGCCAGCCUGCUGGUUUCGGUCACCAGCAAAGGGACCAUCACUUGCUUCAGGAAAGUUGGAGGAGGCAGUUUGGACCCAGAGAGUAUCUUUGAAAUGUUAGAGACAGGAAACAGAGUUGGAAAAGCUUUGCAUAUAUCUUUACAAAUCGCUUUGGAGAAAGAAGAAAGUUUAGGAAGGAAACGUCAAAAAGUUGGAUUUCUUGGUUGACUUCUGCACUGUACUUAUUUUCUAAUAAAGAUUUAUUUAAAAUGUUCUGUGUGGCUGGAGAGAAAUCACUUUAAUUUAGAAUGUUUAUAUUCUUUCCGAGUAAUAAAUUGCACAUUAUAAAAAUUGCAAUCUAUGUCUAUUUCAUACAGUAAUUUGGAGGCAAAUUGCUGCCAUGACUGGAAAGUAUUGUUAAAUAUACUUGCCUCUUGCUGAAGAAGACAUCUUGCUUAUGAAAUGAUGUUAAAUUGCUCAACUCACAGGAGCAGUCAUAGCGAUAGUGUCAGCAUUACUUUACUUCCUGCUCUCGUCCCUACGGAUUGCAGUUUCUCCAACUUAAGGAUAAUCUUCAAUUUGGAAUCUGUGACUCAAGCUUGUGUUGAAAAUCCCCACAAUAUUUUCAUUAUCUUAGUUAGUACUGGCUUGAUAAACUGAGCCCUUGUGUCGUCGGAUGUUCUAAUUCAUACUGCCAGUCAAUCAAGACUCAUUUCUGCGACUAACUGAUCUUCUCUCAUAGUGAGAAUACUUUUUGCAUAUUGAGGAUUACACCUAGUGUCUAUGCAGAAUGUGGUAGAUAAAUCAUGGUAUUUUGUAUACUUUGAUGCACUCUAUAAAUUAAAUACCCAAUCAUGCAAGUUAUAUUGAUAUCUGCCUCGAAUGAUUCUUUUUGCCCUCAGUCUCUUUCCUCUUAUCCUUGUUUCCUCUGUGUUUGCCUCACCCCUCUAUCUCUCGUGUCCCUUUCUCCAUCUUAAAUCCUGCUUCCUGCCUUGCGCGUGCAUCCCCCAACUUUUGUGUACUCAAACAAGAAACUGCAUUCAGAAAGCUUUACAUAGGUCAUUGCAGGCUGCUUUGGAAACAGAAGAACUUUUAGGAAGGAAUAUAUUCUUUGACUCUGAGUCUGAGUGGGGCUGGCACGUCUUUAAGUGUACUGUGUCCACCUUAUUAUUUGGAAUGCACCUUGUUAAGGAAUAGCAUGACCCAGAGUCAGUAACAUUGAAUUUAUUAAUGUCAUGUCAAUAAUCCCAUGUAUCACUUUCUGUAAUUACCAAUGUUUAGAAGA